GGUCGGAAACAAGGUGAGGAAAGUCCUUGUGUGAGUAUGCCCUGAUGCGUUUCGAGAAAGGCAAUAGAAUAGAAGUUGGAGCAUCAUCGUUGUCAGCAGCAGCAGUAGCAGCAGCAGUAGAAGUCGGAGUAGGAGUAGGCGCAGGACUGGUUCCCUGUUCGGGUCCUUCGCUUGGGUACCGGAUAUAGUUGUUCCCUUGCGGCGGGGCAAUCGUUUGUGCCGACUGUUUGGCACGAGAAGUACCGUAUCUGUUGCGUUGGGGAAUUGUGGAGGGAUAUUGCGUUAGACUUUUGGCGUUGGUCGUCAGAGAAACAGUGGCAGAGCAGUAGCAACAGCGACAGAGGCGGCAGAGUUGUCACGCUACCUACCUCGCUCGGCCUUGUGUGCCUUGGAAGAAGAUCGGGGGGCGUUGAGACGUAGACGAACGGUGAAGGGCAGCAGUAGAGGCUUAGCCGCGGGCGGAUCUGUCCGUUCAUCAGCACCGCCGUGACACAAUGGGGAAAAGGAACAGCUCGAAAGCAUGGCUGCUGUUCUGCUUUAUUGGGCUCAUCUCUCUGCCAGAUGUACAUUCAGCCGGUGAGGCACGACCCUGUGACACCUUCCCCUGUGGCCCUGUUGGGGCUUGCUUUGCGGACGCAUCACAAACAAGUGGGUUUGGCUGUGUGUGCGAUCAAGGAUUUGAACGGCCUUCGGGUGAAGGUCCUUGUAUAGAUGUGAAUGAAUGUGCUGGACCUAUCAAUCCUUGUGGUACCUACGGGCUUUGUGUGAACCAACUGGGUUACUAUGAUUGCAACUGCACGGCCGGAUAUGUGUCGACUACGAUUGGCAGUGCGGGCAACACCCUUCAAUGCAUCAAGAAGAAUGAUGCAUGCAAUUCAAAACCGUGCGGGCCUGCUGGUUCCUGCAAUCCUCAGCCAGAUGGAACUUACUUGUGCGACUGCGUCCCUGGAUACAAAGUGAAAGUAGCCAAUGGUCCCUGCGAAGAGAUAGCGGAUCCAUGUUACAGCAAUCCAUGCGGAGAAGGCGGAAUUUGUAAUGCGGUCCUGGGAGGAGGAUAUCACUGUACGUGCAUGCCUGGCUAUGUUCUCCCACCGCAGUUUGCACAGUAUGGAGGCCGUUGCUAUGGUCAAGAUAGUUACGUGCCAGAGUUCAGGGCACAGAGCCAGCACUAAGUGUGCCAUCGAAGAUUGGACGGAUAGCUUGGUAUUGCCUGCACUUCCUCCAUGUCAAUGAGAAGUCAUAAGGCAGCUGAGGCUUCCAAGUCCAUCAAUUCUUUGCAGAGCAGGGAGCUUUGGUAAAGCCCGACCUAUGUAAAAGGAGCUGGUGUUGUACUUCCGUCUGGAAGAGGCAACUGAUGGUCGAAGCCGCAGAAGGAUCUGAUGAUAGGUGAGAAGGGAGCAUUGGUGGAUGAGAGAUGGAUAGGCUGAAGGUAGAAGGCCUGCAAUGGAUGCGGUGGCAUUUCCAGGGACUUUGUUGAUUUGUUACACGAUUUGGUAGUUCAGGUGUUUAACGGAACUUUAACCUAUGAACUUAGCUCGGCAGGAGCGAUGGUAGUUGUUCCUUGUCAGACUCAAGAUCUGCAUCUGGGUUUAGGGUUUAGUCCAGUUGAUUUGCUCUUUGGCUCUUUGAGUUGUUGCUCUCGGUUUUUGUGGAUGCCUACUUCUCUGUUGAUCAUUGGCUCCUCUUCUUGAUCAUGCCGACAAUGACGAUGAUAACCUCCCUAGAUGAAAUGUGUUGUUGGGUACAGCUGAAUGUCCUUCUCUCGUAACCGAAGGGCAGUGCUACGGAUGAGGCUCAGGGCUGGAUCCCUGAACCUCACCCGUAACGGGCAGGGUAUCUCAUUCUUUCCAGCCAUUAUGCAUUUCAGAAAAAGAAAAUGCAGAUCAGGGAAAGGGUAACUUGUGCCUGAAGGCCCUCCGUACCGCAUCUCCUUUGCUGGGAACCGUAUUGACGGCCAAUCGUCACACAAGGAGCGAUUUGUGAAGUUGCGAUGAUGAUGAAACUUACCAUACUCUAGCAUAAUCACCAUGCCUGCUUGCGCUGCAUUGCGGCACUGCAUCAUAUAACUAGCUAUCGUGGCUCCUCUGGUCAAUUGGUUGUGUUGCAGAAUGGCAUAGCUAUCGCGGUCCCUUGGGUGGAUGAUUGGUCUUCAGAAUCUUGAGUAGCUCGAGCGUUUGGGUAUGUUGUAGGAUGAUCGCAAUGCGCCCUUCAUCAUUGGGGGAUUGGAUGUCACAGCACUGUACAGGAAGGAACAGAAUUGGUAGCUGCAUGGGUUUCACAUGAUCUUGGUUAGCAUUUCUGCGGGCAAGAAACAGAAGAGGUCUGAUGUAGAGCUUUGGAAACAGAGUGAAGGAAAUGUACAGAGCAACUAGAGUACAAGCGGAUUGCCUGUGCGGAAAUGGUAAGGGAGGGCAACUAGAGUACAAGCGGAUUGCCUGUGCGGAAAUGGAAACAGAGUGAAGGAAGGGGGCGCUCAAGAGUAUACUUGCGAAUAUCAUGCGGUGUGUUUUGGGAAAUCCUGCGGGAAGAUAAGAGCAGGGAGGCGCGGAAUAUUGGUGGGGGGAGCGGUAUUUCCAGAGUGCCUGUGAUGGAGGACACACACAGAUUAAACUUCAAGGAAGGUUCUUAGAGAUAGCGAGAACGCAUAGUGACAUGUUGUUGGCUCGUUUGAUCUGGUAUGGUAUUAAUCCCAGCUACAGGGCAGUUGAUGGGAGUUUAUAUAGCACAGGCAGGCAGCAGGUGGUCAGGCAAGAAUGCACACAUGCAGGCAGACAUCGCUGUUAUAGUAGAAUAUUGCUUGAAAUGCCAUAGUUCACCUUUUCAUUUCGGAUAAGAAUAUGCCCAUGAGUGUUUCUCCCUCCCUUGUUUUUCCCUUUUUCCCUUUUCUUCACCUUUCUGUAUUUGACUUGAACAUCGUUGCCACUCAAUUAAUUGGAAAUGUGACCAAAGCUUAGUUCUUGCAAAAAGGAGGUUAUCAUUGUAAAGUUUUUAUCUCUUUCGAACUUGAGUUGGAUUGCUGAGCAAUAGCUACCUGAAUACGCAGAGAGAGAGAGAGAGAGAGAGAGAUUGUAAGCCCUUUGUUUGUUUGUUUGUUUUCGGUAUUGCUUGCCUUUGGAAAGUGGUGACGAAUUGAACACAGUG